CCCAGAAUGCUCUAAGUGCUGAACCGGAUAUCCGCUCUUCCGUCCCAUAGCGAACCAACGUCCGCUGCACGUGGAAAUCCAAGAGAAAAGAGCGCAUUACAGCAAUUUUUGCGUUGUUUUCGAUAUAAACAGCUUCGUAUACAUAUUUUGAACCCCUGAAGUGUAAAAACAAACCAGCUCGGUCGGGAUGUUUCUGCAGUAUUACCUGAAUGAAAACGGGGACAGAGUCUACACUCUGAAGAAGGUGACUCCAGAUGGGGAGCCCACCAGCUCGGCCCACCCGGCUCGAUUCUCCCCAGAUGACAAGUUUUCCCGGCACCGGGUGAUAUUGAAGAAACGCUUCAACAUACUGCUGACCCAGCAGCCCAAGCCUGUCAUGUGAGGAGGAGGAGAAAGACAUAUCAGGAUGGAGCUACAAGGAGAAGAGCGAGAAAACACCUGAGCCGGAUUUAAAGGACUGCUCGUACCCUCUAUUGAUGCGAUGAUGGAAUUUGUUCAUUUUUUUUUUUAAGGGUGGCGGUUUUUAAUUUGUUCAUACUAAAUAAAUCUUUGCGUCAUAGCUCC